AUGGCGUCAAAGGGGGUUCCUCCUCAGCAGCAGUCGGUGGAUAGUUUGGCAACGGAUGAUCAGGAGCCUAGGGCCCGGGCCGAUGAGAUUCCUGAGCUGCGGCGGGGAUGCAUGAUCCCUCGGGGUCGGUAUCUAGCCAGUGACCUCCCGCCUCUGCAUACGCUGACAGAAAUUUUCGCUGACAUGGCAUCGAAUGCCCUGAAAUUGGGAUUCGAGCAUGUCCUCAUUCGGCUCGGCAGUCGACCACUUCGGGUGGCGACAAUGUGCUCAGGAACGGAAGCCCCGCUUCUGGCCCUGGAAUUGAUCCAGACGGGUUUGGCAGAGGCCCAGCAACUUCGGAUCUCGCACGCUUUCAGCUGCGAGAUUGUUCCGUUCAAGCAAUCAUACAUUGAACGGAACUUCCGCCCCCUAUCCUGUGGGGACGAGGCGCGGACCGCCUACGGGUCAUCGGAAGUGAUUCCCGGUGAUCUCGACAUCUUAGUUGCUGGAACUGCCUGUGUCGAUUUCUCUCCGUUGAACAACCGCAAGAAGACGCUGCAGCAAGGCGGCGAGUCAGGAGCUACGUUCGACGGUCUCUUGCGGUACGCGGAGAGAUAUCGACCCCGCAUGGUCGUCCAGGAGAAUGUUCGGAAUGCGCCCUGGGAUCAGAUGAAGGGAAAGUGGGAGGAGCUCGGAUACCUGUCGGUUUGUGUCAAUGUCGACACGAAGCAUUAUUACAUCCCUCAGACACGCGAGCGCGGGUACAUGGUGGUUAUUGACAAGCGCCGCUUGGAAGCAGCGGGCCUGCUUGGAGACUCCAUGGACCAGAGUGGCAUUGACACUGUCACUCAACGCGUUCGUGAGCUCGCUGUCCGUUUCAAGCGGCCAGCGAGUGCGCCGGUGGGUUUGUUUUUGCUGAGUGACGACGACCGCCGACUCGAGCUCAUCGAGUCGAGAGCCCGCCUUGAGUCCCGAAGCGAAACAAGCUGGGACCAGUACCAGAUUCGUCACCAACGGCACCGUGACGAACUGGAACUAGGCAUCGAGAGGCCAAUCACUCGAUCCCUGCCCGGAAUCAAUGACCUGAAGGCACCGGACUUCUAUUGGCAUCGUUUCUGGAAGACACAGCCGGAGAGAGUGUGGGAGACCGUGGAUAUGAAUUUCUUGAAGAAGAUGCUUCAAGAAUAUGAUAUGAACUUCAAGGAGCGUUGGAUUGACUUGUCUCAGGGAGUCGAUCGAGGGAAUGACAGCCUUGCUGGGUCUGGGAUCGCGGGGUGCCUGACGCCAAAGGGCAUCCCAUUUGUGACCACCCGCGGGGGCCCCGUUUCUGGCACGGAAGCCCUUUCGUUACAAGGUCUGCCCCUCGAUCGAAUGCUACUCACGAGAGAAACCCAAGCCGAUUUGAUGGACAUGGCAGGAAAUGCAAUGACGAGUACGGUCGUGUGUGCAAUCAUGCUGGCUGGUCUGAUAGCCGUGCAUGAGAUUCUUGACGACGGCGAGGAGGGUUCAACCAACCCCGGCGAUACGGAGGACAAGUCCCUUCUCUUCCCCAGUGAGGUCCACAGUCUCGUGAGAAGCAACCUCCAAAUCGCCGAUGACCCCAUCGUCGACCAUGCUGUUCUCAAAGCCAAGGCAGUGAGCAGCGUUCUGUGCUGCUCCUGCGAGAGACAGACUGGGGUUCAAGAUUCAAUUUAUAGUUGCACACUGUGCGGACAUACCGCUUGCAGGUCCUGUCGUGGAAAUCCCACGCAUUCGUAUCUACAUGUUUCCCCAAUUUAUCGACAAAAGCCGUCUGAGUUUAUAGCGAAUAUGAAGGGACUUGUUCCCAAGAAGCUUAUGCUGUCUGGUUUGUCCGAAUUGGACUUUGAGACGUUUAGUACCCUAUGCCCUACCGACAACCUCCCCCAGUUUUGGCCCGACUUUAUUCUGCGCAUCACGGCAGCUGUGCACGACGCUUUCCGGUUUUUCGAGAUCAAGCGUGGAAGAAAAUGGCGAGUUGUUUAUGAUGGCACGCACUCCAGCUUGUUCCUUGAUAUCGGCCCGGACUCCAUCCAAUGGCUUUUGUACGCAAAGCCCCCCAAGUCCGCGAGCACGAGAAGCGUCAUCCGAGAAGUGCUAGCCAAGCCAAUUGCUAGAAUGAGUCCCACCUCUGGGUCGUUUGUCGAGGGUACAUGGGAAGUUUGUUCACCCAUUAGUACCCCGUUCUCACUUCAGAUUUCUGGCCAAGGAGACCAAGUUCAAUCAUUCCAAUCGGAGUGUGGUCUCAAAGAUGCUAGAUUUGUUGAUGGAAAAGUCUGGGACAGUUUAUUUGUUGAAGGAUCCGAUCAAGACAUCGCAGCUCUUGAUCUCGACGUCCGAGGAAUCUACCAAUUCCUCCCUGACUGUGGAACAGCGCUUGGUGCAUUGUACAGAAAAGAAGCCACCGCCCAUUUGCCUCCAUUGUUCCUAUUCCUUGACCCAACGAAGACUGGACCCCCCGAUGAAGAUGCUUGUGUGUUCGCUAUUGACCACAGCCGCCUUCCUGGAUAUGAUGUGAGAAUUACGAUCGCCGAGUUAUCAUCCUCUUGGAGAUCAUUGAAUGUCACCUCGGAUUCGCAAGAUGUGAAAGCUUUCUGUCGUCGAUGGGCUAAGGCCCCCGCAGCGCAGUUGAAACAUUGUCCUGCCGAACAGAUUACCCUCCGCACAUUGCAACAAGGAAUCCAAGUCUCAAUUGAAAACCAGCACUGUCAUAAUGCUUGUAUCACCCUCACCUCGCUGUCAGCAACAGCAGCAAUUCUCAACCUGCCCGACGCAAAUUCCGAUUGGCAAGCCUGGAAUCCCGAAGUCUCUAUGAGAGAAUUGAAAGGUCUCGCCUGGUUGUUCCCUAAGAUUGCCGCGUGGUCUGACUUUGAAGACUGGAACGAAAUCAUCCGUUCAGGCUGUUCAGACCCCAAUCAUCCCACAAAUGGCAAUUGCAACACCUGCAACCCGCCCACCCCCAGUAUCCUUUGGGGCCGUGAUAACAAAGACCGAAUCAUCCCAUACGAGAAUCCCCAGGACGCCGCCAUCUAUGAACGUGCCAUCAAAAACCGACCCUCACCGUUCUUGGUCUUCAGACGAACCAAUGAACACGGAGACGCCGAAUUGCGUUUCACCCUCAAUGUUCAAGCUCUGUCGCACCAGGCACAUGGAAAAUUGGUUGGCACCGCAAGCUGUGAGACAGUAACAUAUCAUUGGAGACUUCUCCCUCAUGCGUACGACAUGGGUCAGAAAUACCCUGGCAGGUUUACUUUGAAGAGCAACGACAACGAUAGUCCAUCACCGCAACCUCCCAACUUCAAGUUCCAGCUACGUGAUGAACAGCUUCGAUCAUUGAGCUGGAUGAUUUCACAAGAAGCAAAAGACAUGGAACCGUUCAUGGAAGAGGAAGUUGAAGAAUCCAUCCUCCCCUUGAUGCCCUGGCGCGCCGAAGUCAAAGCGACAAUGCCAAAAGUUGUUCGCGGUGGCGUGAUAGCCGAUGAGGUUGGAUAUGGAAAGACGGCUAUUGUCCUUGGUCUCAUCGACGCGCAGUACGAAAAUGACUGCAAGUUACCUGUGGAAGAAAACGGGCUCAUUGCAACAAAUGCAACCCUGAUCAUUGUGCCCAACAACGUCUUCAGGCAGUGGGUUUCAGAAACCAAGAAGUUCCUCGAAGGAAAAUAUAAAGUAUUGGCGAUAUCGUCAAUUAGCAAAAUCACCAUCCGGGAAGUUCAAAAUGCAGAUAUUGUUGUUUUGUCAUGGAGUAUCCUGGCGAACGAUGCAUACUAUAGCCGACUUCAACAAUUUACCGGAACACCCCAGGCCCCCGCAAAAUCGAGCGGAGGAACAGGUCGAAAUUUCGAUAGCUGGUUCCACGACGCUCGUGCUUCCUUGCAGGAGUCUGUUGACAUAUUGAAAAGACAAGGGCCUCAGGCGAUGCUCCAAGAACUGGAGGCCAGACGUCGCCGAGUUAGAGAGACUCAGGCCGACUUCACUUACGUGCCCUCUCGACGCCUCCGUGGCCAGGCAUUUGCUGAUGCUAAUAAUGGUCGUGACGAGUCUAAUGCAGGAGCAGAAGAGGAUUUGGAUUCUGAGUCUGACUCGGGUUUCGAGGACUUUGAUGCAUCUGAUACAAGGCACUCGACCGGAACAGCGAGUUCUGUGCGCCAGCGGAAGCGGAGGCACAGUGAGAAGAAGUCAGUGAAAGGUUCAGGAGGAAAGCGACAAAAACGCCCAUCGACGGACCUGGCAGAAGUGAGCGAUGACAAAAAGAAACGUGAAGCCAAAUCCACCGCCGUGAAAGAUGACUGCAAGGAGUUUGACAUCAAAAAGACCGCCAACCAAGACUGGCGUACUGUCAAAGCUGCAUUCAUUCACGCAUUUAGCUUCAACCGAUUGGUUAUCGACAAAUACACAUAUGCCGGAGAAGAAAAACAGACACCCCUACUCUCGGUGCAGGCACGCUCCAAAUGGAUCCUUUCUGGGACGCCAGAAGUUGAUGAAUUUGCCGACAUCAAGAGUAUUGCGCGUUACCUUGGUCUACAUCUUGGUGUGGACGACGAUGGAGAUUGCGAUAAACCGACGCAGAACAAGAGACUACGAAACAUCCGGAAAAACCACACAGCUGUCGAGGCAUUCCAAUAUUACCAGGCACCCCACAGCAAUGCCUGGUACCAAAACCGCCGAGAACAUGCUCAAAGAUUCCUGGACCGGUUUGCGCGUCAGAAUAUCGCACGCAUCACACACAUUCCGUUAACAGAGAAACUUAUCAUCACCGAACAGUCACCUGCUGAGAAGACAGCGUACGAUACGUUGUUCCGAGCCGUCAAAGAAAACAAGAGACGAAUCCUCGGUCCCCUGAGUGCCAUCUUGUCCAAAAGUCAGUUACCUCAAGAGGCUCUCAUCAUGUCCUGCGUCACAACUCAAAUCGGACAGCCUCCAUGGAACCUUGAGAAGUGCCUCAAAGGCUCGCGGAAAGACAGCAUCAAAUCCGCUGAGAUUUGGGCCAAAGUGGACUCGCUCACUCGACAAGCAGCGACUGUUUGGUAUCGCGACAUGAACCAUACCGAUCCCAACAACUGGCAAGACGCCCUGAACGGCGUCGCGAAGCUUGACUUUGGGGACGCACAACUCAACACACGAUUCAACCAGCUCUUGGAGGGCAUCAUCCGCUCAUACAACGAGUGGAAACUCGCCCCGGCACACCGGUCAAUCGAUUAUUUACUCGAGGAACGGUUCCAAAAAGUCCCGAGUGCGAAGACAAGCAACACAGCUACCGGAAGAAACCCUCCCAAACCCACAUCUGGAGGAUCCAACGAUAAAUCUUCCAACUUGGUUUCGAUGGCUGUCGAAAAAGCCUUGUCCGCCGAGGUCACUUCUCACUUGAAGCAAGUCCUCGAAAUUGACCGGGAAUACCGAUUCUACGAUCACCUGGUGGGCAUCCAAACCUUUGGACCCCCACCCUGCCAGGGUUGUAAGAGCGAUUUGCAAGAAAAAGAACAUGUCAAUGUCCUGAAGACCUGCGGACACGCCCUCUGCAAAUGUUGCACUGCCGCCGCGAUCACCAAACCACACAAACACUGCCCCAUCACUGGAUGCAGCGGCCAAAUUGUCCAAUCCAAGAUCGUGCCCGGUGAAAUCCUUGUCAGUGAUGACCAAGGAAUCCAGAGCUCCAAGCUCAACAAGCUUGUUGAGAUUGUCCGCAGUGUCCCUGAGGACGACCUUGUUCUCAUCUUCGUGCAAAUUAGCCACUUGUUGCCCGUGGCAUCGGAUGCCCUCAAAGCUGCGAAAAUUGACCACCGCAUGGUCACGCCGACCAACUUGAAAGGAAUCGCUGAGUUCAUUGAGGCGCCCAAAGCAAAGAAGGGCACAGCUCAAGCACCUUCCAGACCGAAGGCUUUGAUCUUGAAUCUCGGAAGCUCAAUGGCGGCCGGACUGAACCUCCAAUGCGCAAAUCACGUCAUCUUCUUGUCACCACUCUUUGUCGCCUCUGAUCAUGAUUAUGAGGCAGGCAUGACUCAAGCAAUUGGACGUGCCCGACGAUUCGGGCAGACAAAGCACGUUCAUGUGUACCAUAUGCUGGUGAGAAACACAUAUGAAAUCAACAUCUUCCAGAGAGCUCGAUCAAGCAAACUUGUUGAGCGUCAAGAUGUUCCAGUCCUGGUGCCUGAAGGGUCGGUUUUGCAGGAUGACGUCGCAUAUGAAGGAGAUGUACUACCUGAGUCGGUUGAAUAA